GCCCAAUGGCUAACCUUUGACCCCCACGAAGCACCUUUAGCAAAUAGCCGUUCUUCAGCGACGCGAACAAAGACGGCCACCGGGACCGCUGUUGCUUUUCGUAGUUUCGGCUUUGGGCGUCCCCUCGGACGCGGCGCGGUCGAUGUCUUCGGGACGCCCCUUUUUCAAACGCGAGAGCGCGCCUGAGGGCGCUCAAUUAAUUUAGAUGGUGAAGAAGAUACAGCGACGAAGAUAAGGGUAACGGAACACCUGAAGGUGCCAUUAAUGUUUGAUGGCCGAGUGCGGGGAAGGCGCAAAGGCGGGGCGGUUUCUAGAAAGCGCAUCGCGGGAGCGCGGGCGGGUCGGGUAAGGGGUUCGACCUCGCGAGCGCACGUCCUGUCCCACGCUGGGGAGAAGAGGAGCUGGACCGGGGGCAGAGGGCGAUGUGAGUCAUGGUCCGGUGCUUGUGUGGUCUCCUGCUGGUCGUCGGCGUGGCCUUCUCCGAUUGCCCCUCGGGGUGCUGCUGCCCCCGCCCCGGCGGGGGUCUGGUGCUGUGCGAGGCCCUGGGCCUCAGGAGCGUGCCCCGCUCGGUGCCGCUCGCCACGGCCGUGCUCUCCAUGGCCCGGAACCGCCUGUGCAACGUGGACCACCUGCUGCAGCCCUUCUCCGGGCUCCAGGAGCUCAGCCUGAGCCACAACCUGCUGGCCCGCUUCCCCAAGGGCCUGCCCGCGAGCCUGGAGGCCCUGCAGCUGCAGGAGAACCGCCUCACCUACCUGACCGCGGGGGCGCUGAGGCGGCUGGGCAACCUGACCCGGCUGGACCUGGAGGACAACCGCAUCCGGGUCAUCCAGCCCGGCGCCUUCCUGGGGCUGGCCAAGCUGCGGGUGCUCAGCCUGCGGGGAAACCGGCUCCGGAGCCUCCCCCCGUCGCUGCCGCCCUCCCUGGCCCACCUGGACCUGUCGGCCAACUGCAUCGCCGCCCUGGACCCGCCCUCGCUGGCCGGCCUGGUCGACCUGCAGGUGCUGAAGGUCAGCGGCAACUGCCUGCGGUCGGUCCCCGAGCGGGCCUUCGACGGCAUGCGGCGGCUGCGGGCGGUGGAGCUGGAGGGCAACCUGUGGGCGUGCGAGUGCCCCCUGCUCUACCUGUACCGCUGGCUGCUGGACGGCAGGCUGCGGCUGGCCGCCCGCCUGGUGUGCGCCGCCCCCCGCCACCUGGCCCGCCGCCCGCUCCUCACCCUGCCCGUCACCGCCAUCUGCCCCAGCGCGCUCAGGCCCAACGCCACCGCCGCCCCCGACGCCGGCGGCGGGGCGUCGGCCACCAUCCCGAACGCCGAGGCGAGGGUUCUGCUUCCCGCCGUGCGAGCCUCACCCGCCAUGUCUGGAGACUCCGGUCCCUCACCCGCUGCUCCCGCUGGAGUAGAGCCGGACGGGGAAUCUGUGCCGGGGGAGGACGGCGCCCUUCACGCGCGACUCGCACAAACGCGCUACGCCCUGGAGGAGCUGAGCUACGAGGACUGCCUGUCUUUGAACUCUACCCUGGCCCCUGUGGCCCCACCCCCCACACAGGGACCCCAGGAGGGCCCCGGUUGCUCGGACGACCCCGGGAGCCCCCGCCCUCCCGAGAGCUACACCACCCCCGAGAUCUCCAGCCCCGUCCUGCCCACGAACAAGGCCGGCGUCCUGCCUGCGACGGCCCUCCCGGGGCCCACCGGCCCGUGGGGGCCCACCGGUGUGUGGGGCCCCACCCCGGUCACGGCCCUUCUGGCCCUCCUGUGUGUGCUGGUGGCUCUGCUGCUGAUUGCAGUGCUGGUGCUGCUGAAGAAACUCCUACACAGGAACCAGAGAGUGGCUCCUCUUCAGCUCUCAUAGACACGACCGCGCACUCUAUCCACAGGAAAGCAGAAUAAAACAACGAAGCCAUUGGUUUGCCUCAAAAAUGCGAGACAGGACUCAUUUUUGGAGAGAGAGAUUUUAUUUUAUUUUAUGCAUUUUCAAGGAUUUGUUAAGACGUCACAAAUACAUUGAUUAUAUCAUCAACAUCUAGCUCUGUGAAGGCAAUACAGUUUAAUCAAUGCGGCAAACCAAACUGUUUCCAUCCAGCUAGAAUGAAUGCUAUUUGUACCUCAACUGUAAAUCUGCAAAACUAGCUUAACACACUCUUUUUUUUUUUCUCCUAUACAUGAGUGUAUCACAUCCAGAUAGCCAGCCGCCCAAACUGAAAUGCCAAAAUAAAAAUUUACAAUGCAAAUAAACAAGAUUUACAAUUUUUGACAACUGGCUGCUUUUAUCUGCCACUUGAACAACUUGAGCAACAUGAACAACCCACGAACCCAUGACCGGGGUUGUUCAUACGAUGUCCAAAAUGCACCCCGCACGCGUAGGCUUAAUUAGGCAUCGCUCAGCACAACCGCCUGAAUAUUCAUAAAACAAACUCCCAAAGAGACAGAACUUGAGUUUUUACUGAGUAAAAACAAACAAACAAA